ACACACUUCCGGUGUCGGUUGGAGUGGGGAAAUAGCUGUUGACGGUUGACAUGUGAAGGAAAUAAUAUUCAGGUAACAAUGGCUGCAGCGGCCUCUUCUCCUGUUCCACCCUAUUCCCCGGAGAACUUUAACUUGGAAACUAAACUAAUCGUCCUCAACUUCAUCGGAUUCAACCCUCAUGAUUCUCCAUCCCACUCCAUCCAGCCCACGGAUAUAUACAGGAACAGAUUUUGUAAUUCCUUGCCGGUGACUCCAGACUUUUACAAGCACCACCAUCAUAAAUCUCGUCUACGGAAACAGAAAACAACUGAUCAGCUAUCGCCUGAAGACAGGCAUGUGUCGUCAUGCAUCACCGAACAGAAGCUGCCCAAGAGAAAGGCCAAGUCUUUAGAGAUUGUGACAGUAGGACAAAGUUUUAAAUUUCAUGAAAAUGUAACAAAGGAAGAAAUAUCGGACUCUGAAGUAAAAUCACCAAAUCCAGACAAAGGCAGUUUAGAUGUUGACCGGUCAGAUUGUGGGAAAUAUGACAAUGUGUCUCGGGGCUUUCCCUCUAAUGGUGAACAUUGGCUCCAAUCUGACCUUCUGUUUGCAUCUCACAAAAAGACAUCCACAGACAUUACACCCAAGUCUGCAGGGUUCGAACCCAGCUUGGAGGACUGGGAAAAUCUGGAAGCUGCUCUCCCGAAAUCUGAGAGGAGUGAACCAGCGAGAGUUUCUGAAGCGGUAGAUGAGCUCGUUGAUUCACUCCUGUCUGAAGUUGUAACAACUGUCACAGAGGGGGGCGUGGCAACAACUGUCACUGAGGGGGGCGUGGCAAAGGAUCAGAGGGAUUAUAUAAAUAACAUAGACUACCCCGACAUGCACCACUCACAUAAUGGUUUUGAUAAUGAAGAAUAUCCUAGAGAUUUCACCGGAUAUGAUGACACCUCCUCUCCGAGUAUGACCUCAUCCAGUAUGUCCAUAGACAACAGUGGUCCCUCCUCACAAUACGGAGACUCUGUUACAUCACACGAGAUAGAAAGCUGUUGCUGCAGUCACACCCACACUCCCUCCAACCCUGUUGUUCCUGGUGAUAGGUCAAAGCUCCGCCUCCACAUUGUCAAUCAUGCAUCUCCUGCUGUGGAGGAGAGUGUUCUAAGCUAUAUGAGGGCGGAACUUAGCGAGGAACUAUCCUCUCUAGAAUCAGAAUUAGAAAAUGCCAUGAAGAAAAAGAGGAACGGUGAAAAUUUGUCUCCCCUCCUGACACCCCCUCUCACCCCCCAGUCUAAUGCGGCCCGGGUCCUGGCCCGGAUCGGAGAUGAGGUGAGGGCCAGGUACGAGAUUCAGCUGGAGGAUGCCCUUUAUCAUCUCUUCCUGGGUGACCAGGGGACAUUUUCCUAUGAAUUCUUCAGAGACGUAGCUGUUCAAAUUGUGGAUCGCAAUCUGCCUGGAUGGAGACAGGUGGUGCUGCUGUUGGUGUAUGGACAGAGUGUGGCAUGGAGAGCUGUGGAGAAAGGACACAGAAGGAUAGGAAACCUCAUUAACUACACCACGUGGCUGCUCUCAGACUACGCAGCAGACUUCAUCAUCAACCAGGGAGGCUGGGGAGCUGUCAUGAAUUUAGAUUCCACGGAUAGUUCACCAGACCUACAAGUAGACACAGACCAUCCAUUACAUUCCAAGACAUUCACCAGCCAAUCAGAUAGUGCAUAUCAGUCAUGUGCCAUGUCAAUCAAAGCAGCAGACAUUUUCCCUAAUCAUCAGAAUAUCACCUCCAACAACAGCAGUUACCCUGACAACAAAGUCAUGUCCAUAUUCGUUGACCCCUCAGAGGUCACCGAGUCCAUUUCACAGGACAACCAAUCACAGACGAGUUCCGAGGAAGCACAGGAAGUAGCCAUGCAGUUAAUGUUAGAACAGAUUUCUGAAUCUCAAUAUCCUGCUGGACGAUUUCAGGGCUGGGAUGACAAUGUGUUCACUAGGUCUAGCAGUGAAGACUUCUGGUCCAAUAUACUCAUGAUAGGUGUUAAUGUAGGUGCACUCGUCGCUAUCAUUUAUCUGUCUCAAAUGUUGAAAGACAAUUGAUGAAUGUCAUUUGUUUUCUUUGUUAUUUUUUGCUCAAGCUUUAAAACUUUAAGUAAGGGUUAGGCUGAAUUUUGUUUGAUUUAUACAUAGCUCACUGAAGCAAGUGAGUUUUCUGAUUAUCUAUCUAUCUGUCUGUCAUUUUUGUCAUCCCUAUUGAUGUUGUUAACUUCUCGUGUUGUUGAUUUCAUUUUGUUGAUUUCUUAUAGAACCACUAUUCAAAUGUCACAGAAACUUGGCACAAAAUAUCCUUAAGUAAAAGAUAUCCUAGGUUUAAUACUUAAUAUUUUUUCUUUAUAACUCAAAUGAAAUGCCAGGUUCCUUUCCAAGGGGGUAUAAUUGGGGAAUACUGAAAUUAGGAUAGAGCACUUAAAAAUAGAAUGCAUAAGAUGAUUUGCUGCACCACGAAAGUUUCUCAUAUCAGUAGAAAAUGAUUUAAUUAUGAAAGAUAUGAUGAUAUGUACCGUAUUUUGCCGAAUAUAAUACGCAGUGGUGUUUAAUACGCACCCCCCACUUUGAGCCUAAAAGUUGGUGAAAAAACGCACUUCGGGUGUAUAAUACGCAGCAAAAAUUUUGACCAAGCGGUAAUCUUUAUUUUAUACUUGGUGUUAAUUUUCACUUAAUAUUUUUGCAGAAAUAAUGAAUUCUAAACAACGCACAAUAAUUUGCAAACUUUUUGAGAUGAGGUCUACAUCGCGGUAAUCUUCAAUGAGAAUCUUCAGGGAAAUAUCAACCCGGACAAGCCUGUUCAUUUCAGCAAAGCACGAGAUUUUGUAGCAUUAAAGUCUUAACUGACUCGAUAUUUCCUUUGUUGAAACUUAAAAUCAAUCAAAUAGCCGAUGUUAUAAAAAUAGAAUUAAACAAUUAAACUAUCGCUUAUUUUACUGUAAUCAACACACCAUGGUAGGUACAAAGAUGCAAAUUAUCAAAUCCUUGUUAACUACGAUGACUAUUAAAAUGUGUGGAAAAAAAUUUUGUUAGGUAUUUCUUUACCCGGAGGGAGUAUCUAACAAAAGCAGUGUACACAACAAUGGCUUCGUAAAACACACGCUUUUACGCAAGAAUAGUUAUUUCAAAGAUUCAAAUAAGUAUUUCAUUAAAAUUUAGGCCUAUUCAUAAAACUUACAGUAAACAAACUUUUAGCAAGUGACAAAAAUUAUUUUCCAACAAUUUUAGCACGUGUCAAGGCAUUAUUGUGUACACAUGCUUUCAAUAAUGGCGGCAUGCGAUGUAAUGAAUAGUCAGAUCCAAUGCAAUUUGAUUGGCUGUUUGUUUCAUGAUAAUUGAAUUAUUUAGAUAUUGUAAGUAUCACAUUUUCUGCAAUUUUACGUUUCUGUAGUAAUUUUCUUGAGGUCGAAUUUUCUACUUAAUAAAUAGGUGAACGUGAAAAGGCGUACAGUAUCCGAAGCCUUGGUCUUUGAGUGAAAUAUUACACUACUUAAUCGCUGAGUUUCAUCUGGAAAAAAAGGUCAAAAACCUAUUGUGGUAUAUAAUACGCACCCCUUUCUGGCACAAAAAUAUUCUCUAAAAAAAGUGCGUAUUAUAUUCAGCAAAAUACGGUAAGCAGUACAUGUCAAAAAGGCUGAAAAUAUGCAAUUUUGGAUAGAAAAUAUAAUUUUCAAAAAAUUAUAUCAAUAGAUAAAGAAGGGGAAAAAGACUGGUAGAUUUGAACUCAAUAUCUGUAGGUCACUGUCCUGAUACUUUAUCCACCGAGCUAUGAACAUGAUGAAGAUGUACAAACAAACUGAUCAAUAGAAAUAACUUCACAAAACAUUUAAAUCAUCAUUUUGUGAUGUAUAUCAUAGAAAGUAUAAGUCUUGAUGUAAUGAGCUACUUUAACCAUGACCAGAAAAGCCAAAAUUUACAUGAAAGUUUCCAUGUAUAGUAUAGAUACAAUCCAUACCCCCCAGGGUCAGUGUGGAGCCACAAAACAGAAUAGUGAGAUACAAAAUUUUUCAUUGAAAUUUAUUAUAUAAAUCUUCUUUUGAAGAGCAACAAGUGCCAAAUCUCUACCUAAACUGCCACAUGCUCUGUGUAGUGAUACGUUUAUUCAAAUCCAUCUUAGCUAGCCAAGGGUGACGCUCCACGGUGUCUAGAGAAACACUGUGGAGCGUCACCCUUGGCUUGCAAAGAUGGUUCAAAUCCAGAUCUCAGGGGCCAGAAUGGGGUAGCAAAGGGGGUUUGGAUUUAAAAUAUGUCAAGUUAAUCUAAGAACAUUAUCAGGUACAUGUAGAGUAGACUCCAGUAUGUUUGUAGUGUGAGUAACAGGGUCAAAAUGGGAGCUAAACAUGGCUUUAAAGUGUAGGAUUGAAAUAUUAGCAUGUUUGGAAGUCUUUCUUUCAAUUUCCAAUCAGGGCUAUAGAAUAAAGAUGUGAAUAACCAUAAAUUCUGAGGGAAGGAUGGGGACUAAAUAGGAUGUAAUUUAACAUUGGAAUCAUAAAGUUAGUUAAAGGGGGGGGGGGGGGGGGGGGAUUGAAAUAUUCUCAAGAACUUUAUAAGAUUACGAUUCAUCAGUUUCAAUAUUCAAGCAUGCAUAAGUAGUGCAAGAUUCCAGUUUCAUAAAGCAUAUUCUCUACCUGGAAUGUGAGCAGGACCACUAUUGUGUAUCCCAAAAGAAUAUUUAGGAAUUCUUGAAAAAUUUAUAUCUUUCUCUUAAGAAUCUCAAUGCAGCCAUUAGUUUUUUAAGUAUAAAUAUGGAAGUGUCCUGGCUUUGAAAUGUAUAUUCAGUUUCCAUGGUUACAUGACCCUGGAGGAAGAGGGCAUACAUAUUCAUACAUUUAGUGUUCCAAAUUAUUAUCAAUUCCCAUUUCCAAUGCUUCUGAUACCAUUGCCAAUUGCAAUGAUAGCCAUUGUCUCAUAAAUGUGAUGCAGGUAUGGACAAUGUGCGUAUGAAUUUUAAUAAAUGUAGUUUGUCCAUUUUAAUGUCUGGGGAGUCCAACAGAAAUGAAAGAAGAAUGUAAAUGUAAGAAAUUAUUUUAAAAAGAAUAUAAACUGCUGCACUUCACACCCACGUACUUUUCAUGAAGUGCUAAAAUGCUUCAUGAAGUAUGCUGGCAUAAAAUGUUGCUGUUGAUACCCUCAUUUCUUAUUGAAUUAGUCAGAGUUGUGACCCACCGACAUCUUGCAUGGUAAUUUUGCAUUUGAUUUGUUUUGAUAUGAAGUUAAUAAUAAGAUAACUAUCUCACAUUCCAUAUAGAAAAGCAUUGCCUGUCACUGAGGGUGACUUGUUUAAUUUUGUUUUGAGUUGAUGGAGUUUAUUGUACAUGUACCAUUCCUCUCAUUUUGAUUUAUCUCCAGUCUUGUGGAUACUUACUGCCAGGCACACAUUUUACACGCCUCUCUGACAUACCGCUAAAUGACACCUGUUAGAUCUGUUUUUGUUAUUAUUUCUAAAUGACACCUGUUAGAUCUGUUUUUGUUAUUAUUUCUAAAUGUUUUUCACAAUCAUUGUUGUGUUUUAGAUGUGUUGUAUGUUCUAAACACUAAACAUGUGGGCGUGUUGUAAUGUACUGGUUAUCAGGCUAGGCUUUGAGACAUAAGAGUGGUAGGAUAUUGCAACAGAUAGUUUUAUUUUUGUUGUAAAUUGUAAUAUUUUCUUAGCCAUGGUUUUAUCUUUCAACAUGCACAUGUUGUAGUUGUUACUUAACAUUACUGUGUCCAUUUAUUCAUCAAUGGUUUUAAAUGAACACAUUUUAGCUGCAUUUCAUGAUUUGUGUCAUUAGAUAAUUGAAAAUGCAUGUGCAUGAUACAAUCAAAGUACCACUGCCGGUGAUUGUAGUAUGAAACUACAGACUGUUGUAAAGCUAUUUUUGAUCAUUUAUUACAAGAAAUUUGUUUUAAUGACUGUGGAUUCAUCUUGCAUCAGACCACAAUUCUAAUCAACAAAUACCCAAGAACCUAGGUGCAGGAAUAUAGUUUAUAAAACAAAAAACUAUGGUAGCUCAUGAGUUUGGUUGAUUAGAAAGAAACCCCGCUGAACUGACGUUAGAAAGGGCUAUUUCAAAGUACAAUCUUUGAGAAAUAAACUUAUUAUCAACCUUGAGCUAUUUUACCGAGGAUGGCAAUAUAAAGUUAAUCUACAACUGUUUGGUCCAAGGCAGAUAGCGUUUUAUUCCAUGUUAAAAAUUGCUGCAUUUGCAUAUACUUAUAUAAUUUGAUUGUUACUUCUGUUAUUUAUCAAUACAGUCAUGUUGCAGCACUUUCAGAAUACCCUCAAUUUCAUUAUAAGAGUGCAAUGAUAGCAUAGAACUGCUUAUGUAUAGCUGUGAUUGUGUCGGUGAAGUAAUUCAGUGGGUGUCUGAUGCAUGCUGAGUUCACAGUACCGGUAACUCUGUCCAGUGUUGUCAGACUGACAAUCUGUUACUUUAUAGAGAGUUUAUGUUCUUGUUUAUUGAUAAAGAUUGUUUUGUUUCACAGUAAAGAACUGGAUAUUAAAUGUAUUUGAACGUG